AUGGAACGACUUCAGGUUCAGAAUAGUAAUAAUGUAAACGUUAGUCGAAGUGCGGCAGGAUCAAACUGGGAAGCAAUUCGUCAAUCCCAUGAUACAUCUCAGACGGGGAAGGAACACGAUGAGGUUGACGAGAAUGACGAAGACGCAAAAACAGAGACAUCUGCUGCUCUGAGCAAGUCAGCACGUCUACGACAAAAGCGGAAGACAAAUCAGUUAAACAAAUAUUUAGCCAUGGAUUGCGAAAUGGUCGGCGUUGGUUUCAAUGGACAAGAGGAUAUGCUUGCCAGAGUCUCAAUCGUGAAUAAAAACGGAGAAAUUAUAAUAGAUAAAUUUGUUAAGCCGCAAGAAGCAGUCACUGAUUAUCGAACGAGUGUUUCGGGUAUUCGACCUCAUGAUAUAGAAAAUGGGGAGGAGUUCAAAGACGUACAGGAUGAAGUAGUAAAACUUUUGCAAGGAAAAAUACUCGUUGGACAUGCCAUACGUAACGAUUUAGCAGUUUUACACAUCAAACAUCCAUAUUCACACAUCCGGGACACAGCUAGAUAUAAACCUUUAUGUCGCUUAGUUGCGAAUGGUCGUACGCCGAGCCUCAAACGUCUGAGCCAAGCCAUUCUGGGACAAGAAAUACAAACUGGUGAACACAACUCUGUCGAAGAUGCCCGUGCUGCAAUGCAUAUAUAUAACCGACUAAGUAAAGACUGGGAAGCGUAUCUUAGGAAGCACCAACAUCGAAAAUUAUAA